CCGCUCCUUACGCUCUAAUGGAGCUUUCUGCUGAUGCUCGCUCUAAUUCGACGAGGACUCAAUUUUCAACCAUUUGGUUUAAAAUUUUUCUAUGUGCUUCAAUCUCUAAUAUGGCGGUCCAUGGGAUCGCAAUGAUUUUGGCAUUUUAUAAUCUUCGAGCUCAUCGAUUGGCUAGAAUAUUUGCUCCACUUUUUAUUCUUGUCAUGGGAUUUUUGAAUACUAUAACAGUCCUUCUAAUAACAAGCUUGGUCAUUGCCGGUGUGUACACUGCCACUAUUAUGCCCUUCAACGAUCUGCAUGCUAUACUCGUCGGACUCUUUCAGACAUUUUUGCUCUUUAUUUUUUCUAUAAGUAGGCUGCCGGCUACCUUGUGA